GGGGUUUCUGUUCUGGCAUCUCUGAUGAGAUAUAUCGGAUGAUCACGUGGAUGUAUAUUGCAUUAAAGUGUAAUGUUGAAGAGCUUGAAUUUCAGGUUAGGAAAGGGUAUGCACCUGAGACUUUAGAAUUGCCACCUUGAGUUGUUCAUUGUGGAUCUUUGAGGUCUCUAGUAGUUGAAUUCCCGGGAUUUCUAGAACUGCCCACCUAUGCUUCUUUCACUAGUCUCCAGAUCUUAGAGUUAAAACAUGUCAGAGUGGAUGAGAGGUUUUGUCAAUGGAUGUCAAGUAGUUCCUGCAAAUGCAUUAAGGAUUUGCGUCUUUAUGAGGUUAGUGCAGAUAACAUUACCAUCCAAAGCUCAUCUUUGGAAUCAUUCAGUUAUGUGGUUCAUGCUUACAGCAUCCUCUGCAACCUUAGCAUCUCUGGUGAGAAACUUGCUCAUAUACAUAUAGAGUGGGGAUUUUACAAGCCACGAAGCAGGUCUUUAUACAUCUCUGCCCCAAAUCUUAAAACUUUGAAAUGGUUUGGAAGAGUGUUGAAUCACCAAGAACUGGGGGAAUUAGUGUGCUUAGAAAAAGCUGAGAUUCUUCUGGAGCAUAAGGAAGAAUACAAAUUUGACAAUGUAUCUGAGAUUCUUGGCAGUAUAUCCAGGACUAAAGCUCUUACUCUCCUUGAAGAAACUGUGAAGGUACUGCUCAGCGAAAGAUCCAUGCCUUCUACCUUGAAUAAUGUUUCUUUCUUGACUUUGCACGUCGGGUGCUUGAAUGAUGGCAUAGUUCCUGAAAUGGUCUCUCUGCUAAGUGGAAUGUCUAAUUUGAAUACUUUGCACAUAAGCACACACCCUUCCUUCUUCCUUGAUAAACCAGAGGCGUGCGGAUUUAAUAAGAAAUUUUGGGAGUCUCAGAACCUCGCUUUCAUUUAUCAGCUUAACGAGGUAAAAAUAGAGCUUUGUCAUGGGAGUAACACAGUAGAAUUCGUCUUCUACAUUCUCGAGCAUGCUCAAAAUUUGCAGAAAAUGGUGAUAUAUUAUUUGCCCCACCAAUCCAAUCUUCAACAGAGGGUAAAGAAAUGCAAGAUGGCUUCUGCUCCAACUAUCAUCUUCCAGAAAAAAGUGGGUGAAGCAAAAUUAUGCAGGCUUGAUGCGUGUAGGUAUCUAACUGUAUUGAGAAAUGACCGACUGUAGUUUGAAAAUGGUACAAUGUAUUCUUCUAAUGCUUGAACUCAACUGUGUUUUCGACAUUGUAGAACUAUGUUUUUGUGUUUAGAACCGUUUCAAAUAAGAACUAAAUGGGUGUUUAGAACCGUUUAGAAUC